CGGGCAUGAGCGGAACUCCAAGAUGGCGGAGGAUGGGGAGUUUCAGUCGGCCCUCUAACACAGCCCGUCCUGUCCACUGCUCCACCGCGCCAGUGCCAGCAUGAACCUGCAGCCGCCGGCCCCCCUCCUGCCGCCCGUGCACCCUGACGUGCACAUGAAGUCUCUGCCGUUCUACGACGUGCUGGACGUUCUCAUCAAGCCCUCCAGCCUGGGAGCCAGCACGGCGCAGAGGUACCACCAGGAGAAAUACUUCAUCUUCGCCCUGACGCCACAACAAGUGCGGGAAGUGUGCAUAUCACGGGACUUCCUCCCCGGGGGCAGAAGAGACUACAUGGUGCAGAUCCAGCUGAGGUUCUGCCUGUCUGAGACCAGUUGCCCCCAGGAAGAUAAUUACCCCAACAGUCUGUGCAUAAAGGUCAAUGGCAAGCUGUUUCCUCUGCCGGGUUACGCGCCUCCUCCCAAAAACGGCGUGGAGCAGAAGAGGCCGGGCCGGCCCCUCAACAUCACCUCGCUGGUCCGGCUGUCCUCGGCCGUGCCCAACCAGAUCUCGGUGACGUGGGCGCCGGAGGUCGGGAAGACGUACUCCAUGUCCGUGUACCUGGUGAGACAGCUGACGUCCCCACUGCUGCUGCAGAGGCUGAGGAUGAAGGGCAUCCGCAACCCCGACCACUCCAGAGCGCUAAUUAAAGAGAAGCUGACGGCCGAUCCGGACAGCGAGGUGGCCACCACCAGCCUCCGGGUCUCCCUCAUGUGUCCGCUGGGGAAGAUGAGGCUCACCGUGCCCUGCAGAGCGGUCACCUGCUCCCACCUGCAGUGCUUCGACGCGGCGCUCUACCUGCAGAUGAACGAGAAGAAGCCCACCUGGAUCUGCCCCGUGUGCGACAAGAAGGCGGCGUACGAGAGCCUGAUCAUCGACGGCCUGUUCUUGGAGAUCCUGAACGACUGCUCGGACGUGGACGAGAUCAAGUUCCAGGAGGACGGGACCUGGUGCCCCAUGAGGCCCAAGAAGGAGGCGCUCAAAGUCUCGUCCCAGUCGCUCCCGAAGACUGAGGCCUCGGCUCCGCCGCGCCAGCCGUCGGCCCCCCAGCCCGCCGAGCCCAGCCCCUCCAAGAAGGCCGACGUGAUCGACCUGACCUUGGAGACCUCGUCCUCCUCGGAGGACGACGGGGACUCGGACCCUCCGCUGAAGAAGCGCUGCGUCUUCCUCUCCAAGACGGAGGAGAUGCACAGCAAGGGGGUGUUGAGCUACCAGCCCACGGUGCGAGUGCCCAGCGUGCAGACCCUGGACCCGGCCUACCUGGCCUCCUCGCUGGCGGACUUCGCCGUGCCGUUCCACCCCUCCACCCUGGCCUCCAUCCCCACGGACAUGCAGAGUUUGGAGUUGUUCUCUUUGCUUCAGGCCGACCCUCAGCACUACCGGCCUCAGAUGUUCCUGGAGAACCUGAGCGGCGGCGUCCCGGCGGCGGCGGCGGCGGCCAGCACCAGCUCGGUGGUGUCGUCCUCCAGCAGCCACUACGACACCGGCAGCCACGAGACCCGGGUCAUCAUGGGAGGGGGCGGAGCCGGGGGAGGGGGCGGGGCAGACACCAGCAUCUCGGACAUCAUUUCACUAGACUGACCCCCUGACCCCGCCCCUCCCCGGACCCUCCCUCUUUUCUACGCUUGUGGACGACCCCCUCCGUCUCCGUGGUAUUUAUUGGAUGUUUCUUCGUCCCGACCAGGAACCUGAAUAGUUUGACACCGGUGGGGGCGGAGCCUGCCGGACUCACGGUGGGGGCGGAGCCUGCAGGACUGCAGCAGCACUCACACCUCUACAGGUCUGGUCAUUUGACACCUGCCUCUAUGCGUUUCCAUGGUGAUGGCCGCAGCAGGCUGCAGGUUUCAGUGAAACAGACGUGGUUCCUCUGGAGAGACCACUUCCUGUCCGUCUCCGUGGAGGACUCCGCUGUGUCCACGGCUCUGAACUUCCCUCAGCAAUAAUAGCAGCGGCCCCGCCGCCUGGCUCUUCUUCUGUGGUGUCCUCCUCGGUGAUCUGCAGACCUGCCGGAGAUCUUCAGGACGUUUGUGGACACGCCGCAUCGGCAGCUUGUAAUUUGACACCAGCCGGUUCGUCUUUUAUCUGGACUCAUUUUUUUAAUUCCAGUUCUGCAUUUAUCAGGAAGCAUCCCUCCUCCUUCCAUCGUUCACUUCCCUCCUGGAGUUGAUUCCUGUUUUUCGGUCUUCUCCCAGGGUUUUGUCUUUCAGGUUGGAAUUAGAGGAAAUGUGAGUGCAGAUUUCUUGAGGUUCUGGAGCUUUGAAGUUUCUUCUCGGAUGAAACGUCCCUGAGCUUCUGAGAAAUCUGCAGUCCUCUGUUUCACUUCAACGUUCUGACUUUUCUCAGAGUUUCGACUGUAUUCCUAAAAUCGGUUUGGAUUAUUUUUAAAUUUGUACUUCAGAUUCUGGUGUGGAUUCCCGUCGUGCUCUGCAGCGCCGCCUAGUGGUGGCUGCACUGGCCUCUGGGCGGCUCUGCGGAGGGAACGGCUGUAAGCCGCGGCUCCUGACUCUCAUGGUUUUUCUAAAUGAAACUGAAAUCAAGGUGAAUUUAAGUUUCUGUCGGAGCUGGAAGUCGGUCGUGUCUUCAUGAUUAUGGGUCAGAAUCGGUUCUGUUCAGAACAUUCAGCUCCACCCAGAAUUCAUUUCAUUCAAUAAAGAAUUGAUGGUCAGAAUUUGACAGAAGUUGUGAGGUUAAACUGAACAGAUGGAGAAGAGCUUCAUGAGAACCGACCUCAGCUUUAUGGGAGCUUCAGUCUCACGUCUUUAGAGGAAGAAUGUCUUCAUUUAGAGAGACAGCCGACGUGUUGGACGAGUCCGGGACAGACGUUCAGAGCGGUUCAGUAAGCUGAACAAUCCCAGACUGUUUCCUUUUCUCUGUCUUCUCACCGUUCAACUGUCUUUCUUUGUGUUUUCAUUUGUGACUUGAAUAAAAAUGAUGAAUAGUUUUCUUAGAA